AUGUCGGAACAUAUUGCACCCCAUUUGAGAUGGCAUGAGGAAGACCGUACAAAGGACGGCGUGUUGAGGCAUCCGGCCGAUGGCGAGGCAUGGAAGUCGUUCAACCUCCUACAUCCAGAAUUUUCAGCUGACAGUAGGAAUGUUAGGCUUGGACCAAGUUCACCUGGCAUGGAUAUAGAUGUGUACCUCCAGCCAUUGAUUGAGGAGCUACAGAAAUUAUGGAACGUAGGGGUGCGCAUAUAUGAUGCCUCAAAUAAACAGAAUUUUCAGAUGCGGGCGCAGUUGAUGUGGACAAUUAAUGAUUUCCCGGCGUAUGCAGAUCUGUCCGGGUGGCCCAACAGGGGUGAGAAGAAGAUACUUUCCAAUGGAUCAUCUUUGGAGACGGAACAAGAAAGUGCACCUCACGUGCAAAGUGGUGAUGACAUCCUAGGACAGUUGGAGGGGAUGGUAUUUGGGGAUGAGAGCGCGGGCAAGAAAAGAGAGAAGAAGCGGAAGAAGAGACGAGCGGCAAAAGAUGCAACUGAGAAUGUCAUUUGGAAAAAGAAAAGAAAAACAAAAGAUGAUUACGCAGCCCGCAAAGACUUGCAAGAAAUGAAUUUCAGGCCUCAAUUGCAUCCGUUCAUAGGUGAGGAUGGUCAAACCUAUUUGCCUGCAGCCUGUCACACAAUGUCCAACGAAGAUAAAAUAAAUUUUCUGAAGGUGAUAAAAAAUGUAAGGGUACCUGACGGAUAUGCAUCAAACGUUUCUCGAUGUGCACGCCUCAAGGAACGUACGAUAUCGGGCUUGAAGAGCCAUGACAACCACGUAAUAAUGCAAGUGCUUCUCCCUAUUGCAUUGCGCCGCUCACUACCAGAUAAUGUGGUUAGACCUUUUGUUGAGCUGUCCGCAUUGUUUAGGGACCUCUGCUCAACAGACUUAACCCAAGAAGACAUGGAUUGGUUAGAGGGUAACGUCUGUGCCACUUUGUGCAAGAUGGAACAAGUAUUACCCCCCGGUUUUUUUAAUAUCAUGGUUCAUUUGGUUGUGCACCUUGUUCGUGAGUGCCGACUCGGGGGCCCCGUACAAUAUAGGUGGAUGUAUCCGGCAGAAAGGAGCCUCGGGAGGUUCAAGUCUACUGUGCGCAAUAAGGCAGCUCCGGAGGGUUGCAUUGCAGAGGGUUACAUAGCAACUGAGUUGGUCGAUCAAUUGGACGCUCAACGUAGGGAGGAGAUGGGCGACAAGCUGGUUAUGCAUUGUAGGGGCCCGAAGGAGAUAGCAAGUAGGUUCAACAGAUACGUGGUUAACGGCAAAAUGUUUCGCACUGUUGCACAUGAUGUGGGGAAGAGAACACAGAACAGCGGCGUGUGCGUGCCUACCGUUGAUGGCUUGACGUACUACGAGAAGUUAACAGAGAUAAUUGAGGUCGAGUAUUACGACAGGACUAAGUACGUCAUGUUCAAGUGUGAUUGGGCGGACACCAUGAGAGACAGGGGAUAUAAGGUGGAUGAGUAUGGUAUGGAACUUGUCAGCUUCAAUCGCCUUGUUCACAGGGGAGACUUGGUGGCUGAUGACCCAUAUGUACUAACUUCACAAGUUGACCAAGUAUUUUAUGUGGGAGAUGAGAGGAACCCAGGUUGGGCUUGUGUUGUGCGGACUAAACCCAGGAACGUCUACGACGUUGGUUAG